AUGGCACAAUGUUUAGAAGAUGCAGGUGUUGGUCGAUGGUUACAAAAAUAUGAUUUUACAUCUGAAAUAUUAAAACAAACAAUUGAAACGAUGUUAAAUAAGGAAGAAAGAUUGCUUAGAGAAAAGAAUAUAAAACGAAUUGAAACAAUGACGAAAUUACAUGGUGGUGUUGAGCAUGCUGUGGAUUUAAUUGAAAUGUAUGCAGAAUACGGAAUAAAAUCAUUGGUACCAAUUAAUAAUUCAUUCCCAUUUUAUGCUGAUCAUAAUUAUAGAUGUGUAUGCAAUAUGACUAUUUGUUUUAAUUGGAUAAAAUUAUUAUUUAGACGUUGUUGUUAUUGUCGUCGUACUAUUAUAGCACAUUUGAAAAAGCAAAAAAGAAAGCUUCGUGAAUCAAAUGAACAAAUUAUUUGA